GUGGUCGUGGGUCGCAUGUAGUGGGUCUCACCUAGAUUUUGACGCAAUACAUGACGUGAGGACUGAUCGCCUGUAGCGUCUCUACCUUCAACAAGAAGCAAUUGUGCUACAAGUGCGGCGUUACAGGGACGGAAUUAGUUCUCGACGGGGUGAAAUAUCGAAUAUAAAAGUGCGAGAGAUGUCUGCAACGGACUCAAGAAGACUAUGACUUGCCACGAUUCAUCAAAGCCUUUCUUCUUCAAAACCCAGACAGCUCUCAACUGAACACAGUCAACAUAAUGCACGAGAACUCGGAGGCACUCAGCAACAUGGAAUAUAAGGCUUCAGGGACAGCCAACACGACACAAACGAAAGUCACAGUUCUUGGGAGACGUCUUGUUGACUUGCUUGUGUUCAAUUGCAAGAAAACAAGUUACCUUCAAGAACAUGAGACAGGCUCAAAGCUGCUGUGUGCAUUCUUGGAGAACGAGAUUGGACAACCGGAGUUUCGAAGUCUCUGGGGCGAACCCGACGCUCUUGUUUCGUUGGUCGAAUUGCGGUCUGAUAAUGGCAAAUAUACAAUCCACCGGCAACAGUCCUUUGAUGCGUUCAACAGACAAGGACCUCCUGAUCAAAGCAUCCUUUUCCGAUCUCCUACGAGCACGGGAUCAGUUCCUCAGAAGAACCAAGUCUCGAGUCCUGUCCUUCUUAUAGAAGACCCGGAAGGCGACCUGCUGUCCGCAAAAAGGGAUGUGGAUUUCUCGAAUGGUCAGGGCAGCUUGGUUUUCUACAAGAUAGCAUGCUUGAGAAACACAUCCUGGGGACCGGAUGAGGAAUCUAAGCUUAUCAAAAGCAUUAAGCCAGGGCCUAUUGAACAACUAGUCAUCAUUAUCAACGCCGACGAUCUACGUCCUCAUCGGACAUCGCCUCUGUCGUGGGAACAAGCAGCUAUCGACAUACUGGAAUAUUUCGACGAUCGACCCAUUUCGAAGAUCUUGCACUGGGCGCAAAUCAAGUGUAUCAUCCGACUUGGUUAUGUCGGUGCAAUCGUCUUGGAGGGAUCAUCGAGGAAACUCUACUUCGACGGCAAGCAUAAGGAAAGUGGCUUCGCUCAGGUGAAGUCUGUGACUUCCGCGGCACUUCAAGCAGCAUUCUUGAGUGGGUUGGUUUCCAAAGCGGUGCAGGAACCUUACUUCAAAGUAGAAGAGGCAAUUGGCCAUGGCUUGCGCAAGGCUCGUUAUCUGGCUAGCAAGGGAUUCAGUCUCUCAGAAAAUGAUUAUUUGAAAUACCCGGAAUUGAACUCGAACUGUGGAGAGAAGGUCGAGCUCGAAUGUUCCGAAAUACCUGCGGUGGAGCUUGCAAACUGGACUAUCUUGAGGCAAGCUCUCACUCCAGCCCGGGAAAGUCUAACCGAGACAUACGAAGCAAAAGUGUUGGAAGCCUGUGAAGGUAUUGUUGCCCACGGGAUUGAUUCCGAAAGGGCACUUCCCGGCGUCCCAAUCGCGACGUUCGGCAAACUCGUUGCAGUGGACAGAGCGGAGAUUGAAUGUUAUCAAGCGAUCGCCAACAGAGUGGAAAAUUACCUCAACACUCCGCAGGACAGGCCGCUCUCCAUCGGAGUCUUCGGGGCGCCUGGGUCUGGCAAGUCAUUUGGAAUCAAGCAGAUCAUCCAAACGAUCACCAAAAGAGUAGUCAGCCCUAAUGAGCCCAAGAAAUACCCAGUUCUCGACUACAACGUGUCGCAGUUCUUGAAUUACUCGGAUCUUUUGGUCGCCUUGCAGACCGUCCGGGACGAAACGGUUUCAGGGAGGAUUCCAAUUGUUUGCUUCGAUGAGUUCGAUACCACUUUGAAUGGAGAACUUGGGUGGCUCAAGUUCUUUCUUGCUCCUAUGCAGGAUGGGAGAUUCUCCGAGCAAGGCCAUAGCCGACCAAUUGGUCAGGCUAUUUUCAUAUUCAUCGGGGGUACGGCAUCCUCGUUCAAGGAAUUCCAGAACGACACAAUUCAACUCAUCCCCGCCGGAACAACUAGCCCCUCAAUGCCUGCUCCAGACACCCAGUCGCAGGGAAAUCGUUACAAGGCCGUGGAGGAUGCUAAGGCUGUAAAAGCGGCUAGAGCUGUCAAAAAGCCUGAUUUUAUUAGUCGACUGGGGCUGCACCUUGACGUACAAGCAUACGACAAUCCUAAAACAACUACUGAUCUGACUUAUAUGUUUCGACGAGCAAUCUUAAUUCGUGCCAAGUUAGAAGAAGAGGCCAGGAAACGAGGCGAAGAAGUUCGCGGUGUGGAUCCGUCUGUGCUACGUGGUCUGCUGAAGGUUGACACCUAUAAGCAUGGUGCUCGUUCAAUCGAAACUAUCCUCAAGGGAAGUGCAAAGGGUUUCCUCGAUCGCAACGCGCUUCCUCCUGACGAUCAAUUGAGUUUACAUCUGGGAGAUGUGGUGCAGUUCUGGAAAAUAAUUGACGAACACCUUAAGGCGCAAGCUCCGACAGGACAACCUCCCACAGCGCAACCCCUCAAGCCCAAGUCCUCCAAACCGCAGUCCUCUAAGCCGCCACCUGAGAAGAACACCUUCCUGGAGUACUAUGCCAAACUUCAAGACCCUGCAACUUGAAGGAAAAAGAAAGGAGGUGGAUGUAGGCUUUCGAUAACUAUUGAUUUAUAUAGCUGAUUGGAU